AUGGGGCCCAGUGGCCCAGGGUGGCAGGAAAGCCUGGACUACAACCAAACACCCAGCUGGCCCUCAGUCCCCUGGGCAGUGCUCCUUCCCCUGACCUGGAGGCUCCUGUCUGGGCUGGGGAAUGGGGUACUGAGGUCCCUGUGGAGCCCCUUGUCCCAGCCCAAGGCCCAGGCCAACAGAGCCAACCUCAUGCAGCCUCAGUGUCCUCCAGCGCAGGAGCCAAGCUCCGCCUCCCACCUGGACCUGCCGGAGAUGGAGAAGCUCCUCACCAAGGUAAAAGACAAGGAUGACAAGACCCUGAAUCUGUCCAAGUCCCUCUCGGGGGCUCUGGAUCUGGAGCAGAAUGGCCACAGCCUGCCCUUCAAGGUGAUCUCCAAGGGGCACCCGGAGGCCCCACUCUCCCGGUCCCCCUCCAGGGCCAGCUCGAGGCGGGCAUCCUCCACUGCCACCACCUCCUUCGCCCAGGACCAAGAAGUUCCCAAAGAUUACCUCAUCCUCGCCAUCGCCACUUGCUUCUGCCCCGUCUGGCCCCUCAACCUCAUCCCCCUCAUCUUCUCUAUCAUGUCCCGGAGCAGCGUGCAACAGGGGGACCUGGAUGGGGCCCGGAGGCUGGGCCGCCUGGCCCGGCUGCUCAGCAUCACCUUCAUCGUCAUGGGGACGGUCAUCAUCAUCGUGGCUGUGACUGUCAACUUCACAGGCUCCUUCGUCCUGCUGCUGCUUGUCAUUUUAGCCAGGACUCUUCCGAUGGCAAAGGACAACUACUGAACUCAAACUGGCAAAG